UUUUUUUUUAUUCUUUUCUUUUUUCUUUUUUCUUUUUCUUUACAUUUCUUUUUCUUCCAUUUCUCAUAUAUACGUUAUAUCGUUUCUUUUUAUUUUGAAAAAUGGAAGAAUCUGGUCAAUGGCUCUUUAUGAGUUCUGCGAAAGAUUCUGAUACUGUUCCAUGGAAUGACAAUCUCUGUCCAAAUAGUGAAGGAUGGGGUCCAUUUUCCUCUGUACGUGUACCAGAUUUUACGCCAUGUUUUGAAGAAAGUGUUGUUUUAUUGGUACCUGCUGCCUAUUUGAUUCUCUUUGGUAUGGCUCGUAUAUGGAUUUUAUCAAAACGCGAGAACCUUUCUUCUGAUAUGACUAGAAACUGGUUGUAUUUUGCUAAACUGAUUACUCUGAUAUCUUUACUUUUGACAACUGUGGCCAGUGUUUGGAUUACUGCAAGUCAAACAGACUCUUGGAUUGAUAAUGCUCCUCUUCUUGCAAAAUUCUUCAAUGUUUUUGUUUUGAUAUUCGCCAUAGGAUUACAUCAUUUAGAGUAUUUUCGUAAUCAAAUCUCGUCAGCAGUUCUUUUGUUUUAUUGGCUCUUCGUAUUGAUCGUUGAUGGCAUCAAAUUACGCACUUUGUUAUUGUUACAACAACAAACUUCUGACUCUGUCCAAUUCAGUUUAUUCGUCAUCAGCUUCGCCUUAUCUUUAUUGAUGUUUGUUUUGGAAUGUACUGUCCGACCAAAGAGUCAAUAUGUAUUAUUGGAAGAAGAUGCGCUUGAAUGUCCUGAAGGAACUUCAAAUAUCUUUGGCCGACUUACUUUUGAAUGGAUGACUCCUUUGAUGCGACUUGGUUAUGAAAAACCUUUGACAAUGGAUGAUUUAUGGGAUCUUCAGCAUGAUGACCAAUCUGCUGUGGUGGGUCAAAAAUUCGAAAAGUACUGGAGUAUGGAAAUGAAAAAGGAACAUCCAUCUUUGCUACGUGCUCUCGUGUAUAGUCUUGGUGGUCCUUUCUUUUUGGCAGCUUUAUUCAAAGCACUUCAAGAUGUUCUUCAAUUUACUCAACCUUUGUUACUUCGGGAAUUGAUGUUAUGGGUGGCAAGUUACGCAAGUGAUGCACCACAACCUGCUUAUCGUGGGACCUUGAUCGCAGUCGGAAUGUUUAUUACUGCUGUCUGUCAAACCAUGUUCUUACAUCAGUAUUUCCAACGUUGUUUCUUGACUGGUAUGCGGCUUCGUGCAGCUUUGGUGACCGCCAUUUAUCGCAAGACUUUAUUACUCAGCAAUGCAAGUCGUCAGCAAUCCACUGUUGGUGAGAUUGUCAAUCAUAUGUCUGUUGAUGCUCAAAGAUUGAUGGACCUUUGUACUUAUCUUCAUAUCGUGUGGAGUGGACCUCUUCAAAUUGUGAUUGCUUUAGUACUCUUAUAUGGAACCAUGGGACCUAGUAUUUGGGCUGGUGUCGCUGUUCUGAUUUUGACUAUUCCUCUCAACACUUAUCUUGCCAAGAAGAUGCGUGCUUAUCAAAAGGUGCAAAUGGGCAACAAGGAUGCAAGAGUUAAAUUGAUGAAUGAAAUUCUGAAUGGUAUCCGAGUUAUCAAACUUUAUGCUUGGGAAUCCGCCUUCUUUGAAAAGAUCAGCUUUAUUAGAAAUGAUCUCGAAUUGGCCAUGCUUAAAAAGAUUGGUGUUCUUUCAGCUGUACAAAACUUUACCUGGACUUCUAUUCCUUUCUUGGUAUCUCUUUCAUCUUUUGCCUUGUUUGUGAUGACCGCUGAUCGACCUUUAACUAGUGAAAUUGCAUUUGUGGCCAUUUCCUUGUUCUCUCUCCUCCAAUUCCCUUUGGCAGUAUUCCCUAAUGUGAUCACCUCGACUAUCGAAGCAUCCGUAUCUCUUUUCCGUAUUGAAGGUUAUUUAUCAUCUGAGGAAUUGGAUCCCAAUGCGGUAACUCGUGAAGAUUAUCGAACUCAAGAUGAUUGGACUCUUGAUACUCCUUUACUUGAAAUCAAUAAUGGUACCUUCAAAUGGGCCAAAGAAGAUGCUCAACCUGUUUUGGAAAAUAUCAAUAUUGGAGUGAAAAAAGGCGAUGUUAUGGCUGUAGUGGGUCGUGUUGGCAGUGGUAAGUCCUCUUUGAUGAGUGCUAUUCUUGGUGACACUGUCAAGGUGAAUGGUCAAGUCAUUGUUCGUGGUUCUUUGGCCUAUGUACCUCAACAACCCUGGGUUAUGAAUGCUACUGUUCGGGAGAACAUCACCUUUGGUCAUCGUUUUGAUCCUGAAUUCUACGAUCGUGUCUUGGAAGCUUGUUCUUUGAAAACUGAUAUCCAAAUCUUAUCUGCUGGUGAUCAAACUGAAAUUGGGGAACGUGGUAUCAAUCUUUCAGGUGGUCAAAAGGCUCGUGUCUCUUUAGCUCGUGCCAUUUAUGCUCGUGCAGAUAUUUAUCUGUUGGAUGAUCCUCUCAGUGCUGUCGAUGCUCAUGUAGGUCGCCAUAUCUUCGAUCAUGUGAUUGGCCCUGAUGGUAUUUUGAAGAAUAAGACUCGACUUUUGGUAACACAUGGUAUCUCGUAUCUUCCCAAAGUGGACAAAGUGGUAAUGCUUCGUGAUGGUCAAAUUGCAUUGAAUGGUGCUUAUGAUGAUUUGAUGGAUCAACGUACUGAACUUUAUGCUCUCAUGACUGAUUUUGGUAACCAAGUGAAUAACAAGAACCACAGUGAUGAUGAUGAUGAUCAGGAUACGGAUGAAACGUUGGAAAAUAGUGGCCUUUUGGAUGAACAUGCUACUGCUAUUGGGCAAAAUGAAGAAGAAGCUUCUCUCAACAAGGAUACGGAAUUAAUGCGACGUGAAAGACUCAACAGUGUCAGUAGUAUGAUGAGUGUGCAAACCUUACGUCGAGCAUCUGUGAUGUCUCUCAACAAGAAGAACAAGAAGAUAUUACAACAAGAUAAAGAACGUUUGAUGACCAUCGAAGAAGCUGCCAAGGGUAGUGUCGAUAGCAAUGUAUACAAGCAAUAUGCCAAAUCCUGUUCAGCCAUUGGUGUGGCUGUGGUCUUGAUCUUCCAAAUUUUGGCACAAGUCGCUCAAGUUGGUUCUAAUCUAUGGUUAAAGGAAUGGAGUAACAGCAAUCAACAACAUCAAGAAAAUAAUCGUGUUUGGAUGUAUCUCGGUAUCUAUGCUCUUAUUGGUUGGUCAUCUACCAUCUUUUCUGUCAUUCAAACUUUGACUCUAUGGGUUACUUGUGCUAUUCGAUCUGCCAAGGUACUUCAUUCUGAAAUGUUGGAUACUGUUAUUAGAUCACCUAUGUCUUUCUUUGAUACUACACCCUUGGGACGUAUUUUGAAUCGAUUCAGCAAAGAUCAACAUACUGUGGAUGAAGUCUUACCUCGUGCCUUUGGUGCUUACUUCCGAGUCUUAUUCUCUGUUGUUGCGACAAUUGGUAUCAUUGCCUUUUCUACUCCGUUUUUCUUGGUAUUGAUCAUUCCUCUAGGUUUCAUCUAUUUGUAUGUUCAACGAUACUACCUUGCUACAUCCCGUGAACUCAAGCGUUUGGAUUCCAUUGGGAAGAGUCCUGUGUAUUCUCACUUCCAAGAAACAAUUUCUGGGGUAUCCACCAUCCGUGCUUAUGAACAACAAAAUCGGUUUACUUAUGAAAAUGAAGUCAAGUUGGAUGACAAUCAACGUGCCUAUUUCCCUUCAAUUUCCUGCAACCGAUGGUUGGCUGUACGUCUUGAAUUCCUUGGUUCUAUUAUUAUUUUCGGUGCGGCCAUCUUUGCAGUGAUUGGUGUAUUGUAUGGAAGUCAGUCUUAUAUUGAUCCUGGUCUUGUUGGUUUGAGUGUCUCAUAUGCCCUUAGUGUCACCCAAGCCUUGAACUGGGUUAUUCGUGCUUUUUGUGAAAUUGAAACAAAUGUUGUUUCUGUUGAACGUAUCAAGGAAUAUAUUGAUCUUCCACGUGAAAAGUAUGAUUCCAUUCGAGGUGUUAGUCCCAUGUGGCCAGAAAAAGGUGAAAUUGAAUUCAACGGCUAUGCUACUCGAUAUCGUGCUGGUUUGGAUCUUGCUCUCAAAGAUGUUUCUUUCAAGAUUGCUCCCAAGGAAAAAAUUGGUGUUUGUGGAAGAACUGGUUCUGGUAAAACAAGUUUAACUCUCAGUUUAUUCCGUAUCAUUGAAGCUGCUCAAGGCAAUAUCACAAUUGAUGGCAUUGAUAUUUCGACGUUACGUUUGUUUGAUCUUCGGUCUCGAUUAACCAUCAUUCCUCAAGAUCCUGUCUUGUUUGCUGGAAAUGUUCGCGAAAAUUUGGAUCCUUUUGGUACCUGUGAAGAUGCGGAAAUCUGGCAAGCGUUACAACAUGCACAUCUUAGUGAUCAUAUUUCAAAGAUGGACGGAAAAUUAAACGCUACUGUUUUGGAAGGUGGUGAAAACUUCUCGGUGGGUCAAAGACAACUUAUUUGUUUGGCACGAGCUCUUCUCCGUCGUACUUCGAUUCUUGUUUUGGACGAAGCAACUGCAGCUAUUGAUGUUGAAACAGAUGCCAUCAUUCAAACCACUAUUCGAGAACAAUUCAAGAAUUGUACGAUCAUCACCAUUGCCCAUAGAAUCAACACUGUGAUUGAUUCUGACAGAAUUCUUGUACUCGAAAAGGGCUCUAUUCUUGAAUUUGACUCUCCUCAAGUAUUACUUGCCAACAAAGAAUCUUCCUUCUAUUCCAUGUCAAAGGAAGCUGGUCUUGUCGAAUAGACGUAUAUUUUGUUUUUAUUAUAUUUAUUAGUCGUAGUAGUAGUCUAUUUAUUGUUAUUGCUAGUUUAUUGUUAUUUAUUAUGUUAUGCUUAUAUAGACUCUCUUUUUUUGGAAUAAAAAAAAAGAUCCGUGUGUAGUUAGUUAUUUCUAUCAUUUAUUAUUGUUAAAAAAUGAAUUCGAGUUAUCAGAUUUGUACUUGUUAUAAAUUGACACAAAAAUAAUAAAAUGAAGCAAUCCCC